ACUUUCCGACUGUCCAUAAACUUUCCGCCUGAAAUUUUCCAUCUCGAAUAUACACAUAUAAAAGCAAAUCUAAAAUCUUUGCAAAAUUAUGGGUCAUUAAAUCAAAGGAGCGUAACAUUAAAACAUG